AUGCAUGUUUGUGUGGCAUUAAAGGUGCCGUUUGAGCAGUUGUCUUCCGGCGCAUGCUUCGGGAAGAACUACCAGGGCAGCUGCGAAGCACUGUUCCACCCACAGCGAUUUUCCACACAGGUGACACACGACAACGCACACACACAGUCAAUCCAUCGAUGGCCUCCUUGCAAAAUGCUUCCAUGUGUUUGUGCGCGUAGGACAAGAAGGACUGGGAAUUUCGGUGCUGCACAUACUGGCCAAAGCUAGUCGAGGAGCCGGCAGCUCGAGAAGCCAAGCUCGAGCAGCUCGAGAAGCCAAGCUCGAGAUCACGAAGCCGCUGGUCGAGCGGGAGAGGAUGCCAACCGCACUCCGAGGGCCGAGUGGACCAGUCGAUUUUCGAGGAAUGA